AGUUCAGGGUUAGCAGCAGCCGCUUCGUCUGGAGACUGACUUCACAGCAAACGAUUGUAAAUCAGCGUGUUAAUAUCUGCCGACAUCUCCUUGUGAUUUAAAAAGGUAUAGAGCUGUACCAGAAGCUCUACUUUUUGCCUGUGGAUGUGGAGUAAUUAGUCUGUAGCUAAUGUUAGCUACCAAAACAUCAACAGGAAGUAACGGACUAGCUUAAUUGCAAUGUCUUGCACUUUGAGUUCUCCAGGCAUGAACUGUACCUUAGAGAAGGUCCUGGCAGAUGCCAAAUCAUUAGUUGAAAGGCUUCGUAACCAUGACAACGCUGCUGAGAUGUUAAUCGAACAGACAACAUCGCUCAACAAGCGUGUGGAGGCCAUGAAACAGUACCAAGAGGAGAUCGACUCAUUGAACCAGGUUGCACGACAUCGUCCCCGUUCUAGUCUGGUCCUGGGAAUCCAGCAAGAAAACCGUCAAAUCAGAGAGCUCCAACAGGAAAACAAAGAGCUACGGACGUCGUUGGAGGAACACCAGUCUGCGUUAGAGCUUAUCAUGACCAAAUACAGGGAGCAGGUGUUCAGGCUCCUUAUGGCUAGCAAGAGGGAUGACCCUGCUAUCGUGACCCAGCUGAAGGAGCAGCACACCACGGAAAUGCAAGCACACAUAGACAAGAUCAAUGAAAUGGCCUCUGUGAUGAGGAAGGCGAUAGAGGUGGACGAGGGGCGAACAUGUAAAGACGAGGAGAGGAUUAAACAGCUAGAGCUGGAGAACAGCGGACUUCGAGAGCUGCUGGGAAUCAGUCGAGAGGCUUUCCUGAUUCUGAAGAGAGAAGAUGCAUCAGAGAGCACGUCACUGUCGCCGUUGCUAACGAGUGCUGACGUCAGUUUACGAAAGAGUUAGAGAGCCUCCUGUGACUGCUCACCCCCCCCCCCCCCCCCCCCCCCCCCCCCCCCCCCCCCUACCGCUGCCACUACUGUGUACAGUGUGUACAGUCUGUUGCCACAUAUCACUUCACUUUUCACCUUACAUUUUUUUCCUCCGAUCCUCUCCCUUUUCCUGGACCUUUUGCAGCAUGAUGCCCCAGAGCCGGCCCCUGUCCAGUGAUUCAGAUACAAGCCAUGUGCACACACAUCUUCCUCUUUUUUUGUGUGUGUGUUGGUACUCCUGUUUUGUUUGCUAAUUUCGCCAGCAUGCAUGAGUCUGUGGUACCUGCAAGGUUUUAAUGGGUGAAUGGGUAAAAGAAGGGCUUGAGUUAAAAUAAACCUGUGAACAUGAAA